AUGAGCAAGCCUUGUUUUAAAUAUACAAGACGUGUGGCCAUUUUGGUAUUUGUAUUGCUUGUUGUUUAUACAUUGGUUUUUGCAACAAACGGUUCAUCAUCCUCCCUUCAAAGAGAUGAUAUUACUCAUGUGGUUUCCGUUUCCUCAUCAUCAUCACCAGCUACUGAGCCAAAGAAUCAUCAUCGUGAAAAGAUGACACCUGAGGGAACCCUCGCUACUCCUUCACCUCGCUACAAAACAUCAUCCAAAAUUCAGUACUUUGUUGGUUUACGUGGUAUGAUCACUCGUAAUGUUACAUUGUACGUUCCCGAAUCAACCUCAUCAGCCAAUGGUCCAGAUUAUUCAGUCAUGUCUUCUGGAUCCGAAGAAUCAGGAUCAAAGAGACCAAACAAUCCUCUAUGUGUAGAUAAUAUCAAAGAGUCAUCUAUUCAAUUGGUUUUGUUGUGGUUGUGUUUGGCUGCAUCUCUGGUUAUUAUGUAUAUUUUGCACAGAUUCCACGCAGCAUGGUUUCCAGAAAGUAUUGGAGUUUUGUUCUUGGGAGUUAUUGUUGGUAUCAUUGCAAGAUAUGCCAUUCCUUCAUCAUGGGUUCAAGUUGAGGUUUUCACACAACUCGACCCUGGAAUUUUCUUCUCCUUCUUCUUGCCAGCAAUUAUUUUCGACGCCGGUUUCACUUUAGAUAGAACUGGUUUCUUUGGAAACAUUGGAGGAAUUAUUUUGUAUGCAUUGGUUGGAACAUUUAUUUCAUCACUCGUGGUCGGGUGUGGACUUUACAUUCUUGGGUAUUAUGGUCUAAGUAUCGAACUUGGAUUAGUUGAAUGCCUCAUGUUUGGCUCUCUCAUUUCAGCUACGGAUCCAGUUGCUACUUUGGCUAUUUUCUGUGCUUUGGAAGUACCAUCAACUUUGCACUACCUUGUUUUUGGAGAAUCCAUUGUCAAUGAUGCCAUUGCUAUCGUAUUAUAUGAAACAUUUGAAAAGUUUAGGGAAGCUGGUAAGGAUGAUUUGGCGCUUGUCACCUUCAAGAGUAUUGGGCAAUUUUUAUACGUAUCCAUUGGAUCAGUACUCGUGGCCCUGAUUUUUGGUGUUCUUUCCAGUUUAAUUUUCAAAUACGGAGCUUUGAGACAUAAUCCAAAAUUAGAAUUAGGUAUUUUCUUCGUAUUGGCGUACACGUCCUAUUUAGUUUCACUCCCUUACCUCAGUGGUAUCAUGACUAUCCUUGUCGUUGGUAUUUUAAUGAACCAAUACUCAAAGCCAAAUCUUUCUGAACAGACAGCGACUGCACUUCUCACGGCUUCAAAUGCACUUGCCAUGAUAUGUGAAACAUUUACAUUCCUUUACAUUGGAUUCGCAUUGUUUGCCUUUGAAAACAACCAGUGGGAUGUUCGUUUCAUUGUAUUUACCAUUUUGCUUUGCCUUCUUGGACGAUUUCUCAACAUUGUUCCUCUCUCCGGAAUUCUCAACAUGUACAGAGAGCAUAAGAUUGGUAUGAAAUAUCAAUUUAUCAUGUGGUUUUCAGGUCUGAGAGGAGCAAUUGCCUUUGCCUUGUCCAUGUCGUUAAAGUCUGAAGGAGGUAAAGGAGAGUACAUUUUUACCACAACUCUUGCUACAGUAUUCUUCACAAUCCUUUUCUUAGGUGGAGGUACAUAUCCUGUUCUCAAGUUAACCAAAGUACAACAGGCAGCUAAAAAUCAAAUUGUUGCACCACAAGCCCUAGAGAAGAAAGAUCACUGGCUUGUCAAACUCGACAAAAAUUAUUUCCAAAAGUGGUUCUUGAGAGAAGAUGUCAGAGAGAAGAUGAUCGCUGAAGAACGGGCAGUUAUUGAAGAAUACAAGGAGAAAAAGAUCGAACAACAGAAAAAAGAAGAGGAAGAAGCCAUGAAAAGACUCGAAAGCUCUGAAAACGACGAGGAACAUCACAAUAGUGCAGUUGAGGCAGAAAAAUUCGAAGAAAUUGAGUUGCACGAUAACCCUAUUGCGAGUGUGAACAGAAAGGAAUAA